AUAUUAUAUACACAUUAAUAAAAUAAUAUAUUGUUUUAUUUUUCCUUGUAUCAUUAAGUACGAACAUUAAAUAUAAAAGAUGUACAAACAAUCAUUAUACUUGAUGUUAUGAUAAGUUAACAAUGAACCUCGUUUAGCCCAUUAUGUGCUGUGAAAUAAUGGAAGGGAUACCACAUAAAAAAAAAAUUCCUCCUGAACUAGAGAAAAUAAAAAUAUCUCAUGAAGAGAAAAAGAAAAAAGAAGUAAUAACAGAGAAAAUUGACAUCUAUUACUUUGACCAUGGGAACUCUGCAUAUUAUCGAACAACGGAUUCACCGCCCGUAUUAAUAACCGAAAAAUGUGCCGAAAAAACCGAUCAAGCAGCGAUUCGUUUUUGGGCCGAAAUAUUUGGGACUAUUCAUAUCGGCACUGCUUUCAUCACAGCAUUUAUUUUACAAUUAAUUCGAUUUAUACUUUAUAGUAUAAUCAGACCACUGACAGUGGGCAUUUUGCAAUUGUUUGCGGACUAUUUUAUAAAACCCCUAUUGUCAAUUGUGUUCAAUGCCCUCAUACAGCCUGUAUUGAUAUUGUUAUACAAUAUCGCAACAUCUUUCAAGGAUCUUUGUGAACCUAUCGCAGAAGCGAUAGGAUUGUUCUUACGAGAAAUCGCUCACGUGUGUGCGGCAAUUCGAAUCGUCGAAGUGAAACAGGGUACCGCUCCCUCGGUUGCUUGCACUUGAUGAUUGAAUAGAAGAAGAGAGCAAUUCUGAAUGACGAAUAUGAAAUAUACUUUGUUUUAAGGGAAUAAGGUAUAAAACUCAUAAUAUUUUGCGAUUCGUAAAAAAAUAGCACCAUGUAAGUGUUGACUUAAGUUACUUCAAAAUAACUGUUUCCAAGUUAUUUUAAACUUCACACUCCUACCUUGUACUAUAUCUGUUUUUAUUGUUUAAGGUUCAAAAGGUGAAAGAAAGAACGAUUUGUUACAUCUACGUGAUUGAUUUUAUCUUGAUUUUGAGUUGUGAAAAAAAUUGAAGUAAAAACUGAAUUAUGAUUAAAUAGAGUGAAUCAGUUUUAACCCUUUAAGGUCUGAGUAUGUUAACUAAGUACAGGCCUUUACUAGAUAUCGUUAUUUAGAAUAUCCACGAGGCCAUUUUUAUAACAUAUUUAUUUCUCUGAAUAUAUAUGACUUCAAAAUACUAGGUCUCAAAGGGUUAACAAAAGAACUAAAUUCUUCUAUUCGAUAUACUUAUAAAAAAGAACUUAAUACAAAGUGUGUGCGUAUGAAAAGUAUCUUUCUUUUACUAAAUCACAAAUUUUUAUCCGUUGUUCUUCUGUAGAUGAUGAUAAAUUAUCUCGAUCAUCAAUUUGAAAAGGCAUUGUCCCAGGAUAGAAUGAUGUGAACUGAAGAAAAUUUGAAAAUAGCUCGGUAAUAGCUGUUCAAGUUUUAACGAAUAUAACACAUGCCUUAACACCAGGUAUAUAUUUGGUAUUAUUUAAACUUUACAAUAUUAUUAUCAGUUUCAUUCAUUUUGUUAUUUUUUGUUUUUUUUUCUUUUUUCUUUUUGUUUUUACAGAACAAAUUAUCCUCUUAUAGCAACUAACUUCGUCAAUAAUAAUCAAUAAUCAUCCUUCAUCUCUUUCGUUAUAUCUUACUGUUUAAUAAAUUAUGUACAAUCUCACAAACAACAAACGGAGGAACCUAAUUACAUCAUGUAGUUGUUCACACUUCGCUAUGUACAGGUACUACUAGUUUUUACAGAAUUGCGCUUUCGCUCCACCUGCGUAUGUAGUCGUUAAUGCUUAAACUCUUGUCGUUCGCAUAUUCUAUUUAAAAAACAAAACAGAAAAGAGAAAGAAAAAAGAGAAGAAAAAUAGAGAGAAAAAGAAAGAAAAAGAAAGAGAGAGAGAGAGAAAGAGAGAGAGAACGAAAGAAAGAGAAAGGAUA